AUGGCUUCAUACACAGAAAGUAUGUCCGUUGAAGCUAGCACUGAUGAAUUUGAUCUCUUCACUGUACCUCCUACCUAUGCAGCGGUAGAUAAACAGUAUUACAUGACCUACAGACCAACGUCUCAAAUUACAACCGAUUCCAGUCCCAUUGAAUUUAACAUCUCAGGGCAAGGGGUAGAUUACAUUGACUUGAGGAGAACUCACUUACAUGUGCAGGCCAAGAUACUCAAAACAGAUGGAACAGACAUUACAACAAAUGAAAAAACAGCACCAGUCAAUUUAUGGCUUCAAAGUCUGUUCUCUCAAGUGGAUUUGUCUCUCAAUGGAAAACUCAUUACGAGUUCGACCAAUCUAUAUCCUUACAAGAGUUAUAUCAAGGUUCUUCUCAACGAAACCACAUCAGUGAAACAAUCUCUACUACAGUCUCAACUCUAUUACAAAGACAGUGCGCAUCAUUUGGACGAAUCUGAUCCUAAUUCAAGCAACACAGGUUUAUUUGGAAGAUAUGAAUACACUCGUCUUGGAACCGUGGAUAUGUGUGGACCUCUCUAUGAAGAUCUGAUGGAUUCAAAACGCUACUUGAUUAAUGGCGUGGAUUUACAAAUACGAAUGUUCCGCACCCCUGCUGCGUUUAAUCUCAUGUCUGGAGAAGACUCACCCAGUUACAAGGUGAAAAUAGAAGAUAUCUAUCUGCGAAUGUGUAAGAUUCGACCCAGCUCAGCCAUCACCACCAGUCAUGCCAAAAUUCUCACCCAUCACACUGCAAAGUAUCCUUUCACCAAAAGUGACAUAAAACUGUAUCUUUACCCAAAGGACAGCUGA